CCUACAAGAUCACCUGUACACUUAGUGCUCCAUUUGAGACGGAGCCCGCAGUGUGUGAAGGCAGCAGUAGGAGGUGUCGAGGGCUGAGAUGCGCCUGAUUAUAUUUUAAAACUUGACUGAGAAAAGACACGCAACUUCACGUGAGCCAGCCUGAGGACAGGUCAUCUUCAAAACUAAUAACUACGCCACUAUGGGAAUAUCGUCCAGUCUUUUGGAUGAAAAUAAAUUCAACUUCAUUAAAGGUUGGGCGCAGACGGAGCUGAGGAACUUCGCAUCGAUCUACAAGAAGCAGUACUCUCUGGCCUUUCUCAACCAUGUUCAUGAUGAGUUGGUGCAGCGUAAACAAGAGCAUACUCACCUCCUUAAACAGCGGGAUCCCCCAGAGGAUUCAGAGGUGAUCUACCAGGAGUCUGUGCUCUACUUUUGUGAUAACCGGAAAUGGAAGGAGAAGUUUGUGGUGGUUCGUGUCAAUUACUCUCUGGAGUGCCAUGAGAGCUAUGAGACUUUUAUGAAAGGCAUACCGCCACUGUACAAGCUGCCAGCUACAGGAGGCACUAUUCUGACCACAGAAGAGAAAUACAUGGAAGUGAUAGACAGGUGCUUCCCAGAUAGUGACAACGUGAAAGAGGACUUUGCUCCUCCAGUGGUGGGGAUGCUUGGCCAGUUCCCAGUGUACCUCCGACUGCCGUACCAGAGAGACUACUACUUCUGCUUCCUCCAGGAGGCCAAACAAGCCUCGUUUAUCUCUGUGUUAUCCGACUGCAUUCGCCACCAGAAUCAAGACUUCUUGAAGAAGAAGACAUAUGAGGUGCAGGCCUUCAUCAAAGCCUUUCAGCUCUACAGGCAGGACAAGGGCUACUAUGAAGCGUGGGAUAUGCUGAUAGGCAAUGAUGUGCAGGUGCUGGCAAAUCUAGCCAUGGAGGAGCUGAUGCCGACUCUAGAGAACGACAUGCUUACUCGUCUGAAGGCCAAGAAGAUGGACAAGAAGAAAAUGUGGUUUGCUACAAUCGAGGAAGUGUAUAACCUGGUGCAGGAGACUCUGGAGGAGGGCAUGGCUGCUCUGAAUGAUGAGUGCAGAGAGGCAACCAAGCAGCAGACUGCACUCAUGCGCUCAAAUAUGGAUCAGAUCAUGAGUUCCCGAGCCUUUCUGGAGAACAAGCUCAAAGCCACAGUAGCUGACCAGGCUACUGAGUACUGCAAGCAUCACAUAGAGCCUCGUCUGCCUGCUGUGCUGGAGGAGAUGAUGGGGCCCAUCAGCCUGGGCUUUGAGGAAGCACGACAGGUCAGCGAGAGCAUGAUGGAGUACCUGUACAGUAAUUAUCAGGCGGGCAUGACCAGAGAAGAGCUGCAACAGGCUUUGGUGGAGAUAAGUAAACCAAACUUACAGAGCUGUUAUGAGAAAGUGAGUGCCCUGAGGGAUUAUAUCCGUGAGUUCAACUACCCCAACUGCAGAGGACUGGAGCACAGCACACAGAUCGAUAUACAACAGCUGGUGGACAACGUGUCCUACACCUUCGGAUUACUUCUGAAAAUGUCUUCACAAGACAACACCAACCUAAUAGAUGUCAUUCCGAAAGCCACACAGAGGGUGCUAAAGCAAUACGACUACGACAGCAGCACACAGAGAAAGAAGAUUUUCCAAGAAGCUCUGCUCAGCAUCACGCUACCCAGGGCCAAAGCUUUUCUAGCUCCUACAUUCAAAAAGGAACUACCGAACUUUGAAGAGUACAUAUUUGAUGAUUAUGUAAACUUCAUCAGUGUGGAGAACGUCUAUGAGGACAUAUUGCAAGAGAUACUAGAGCAGGACAUUAGCAAAGUGGUGAAGGAAGCAGCAAGUAUGAAAAAGUACAACUUGUUCAUGGAGUCCAGGUUCCACUUCAGUGUUUCCAGCAGGUACUACUUGUUCCCAGACAGCCCAGACUCCACCAGUUCAUCACCAACACCGUGUAGCCCUCUGCCAUCCACCCCUUUACUGAGUCAUGACCUAAAGGAAAGCCACUGCACUGGUGAAGAUUCAGGCGUGGCUGAGAAGAAGGUGGAGCAGGAAGUCAUCAUUCAGGCACAAGAGAAGCCAGAACUUAUUAAUGUACCUGCUAGUGAAGACCCAGGCAUAGCUGAGAAAAAUGUGGAGCAGGAGGUCAUCUUGCCCCCUCAGGCAGAGGUUCAGGCACAAGUACAAACAGAGAUUAUUAAGGUACCUACAUCUGUGAACACUGAAAAAGAUCACAAAGUGGAGGAUAAUGGAGUGCUAGAGGUGCCUGUUACUGCUCCAACUGAGGAACAAGUCAGAUGUACUACACCAGUUGUGGAGGAGACGCUUGUUACCACUCGGAGUUUGGAGGAGAACAUGUACUCAGGGCCUCCUCAUGUAGUGGCUAUAAACACAGAGACAUUACUGGAUCCAUCUAGCUUGUCAAAUAUAGGACCUUCACCGCUCCAGGGUAGUCCACCAGUCCAGGUUAAUCCUUCAAUUGGGGCUAGUCCUCCAGUCCAGGCUAGUCCUCCACCAGUCCAGGUUAGUCCUCCAGCCCAAGCUAGUCCUCCACCAGUCCAGGUUAGUCCUCCAGCCCAAGCUAGUCCUCCACCAGUCCUGGUUAGUCCUCCAGCCCAAACUAGUCCUCCACCAGUCCUGGUUAGUCCUCCAGCCCAAGCUAGUCCUCCACCAGCCCAGGCUAGUCCUCCACCAGCCCAGGCUAGUCCUCCUCCAGCCCAGGCUGGUACUGUGCCAGUCCAGGUUAGUCCUCCACCAGUCCAGGUUACUCUUCCACCAGUCCAGGCUAGUCCUCCACCAGUCCAGGCUAGUCCUCCACCAGUCCAGGCUAGUCCUCCGCCAGUCCAGGCUAGUACUUUGCCAGUCCAGGCUAGUACUUUGCCAGUCCAGGCUAGUCCUCCGCCAGUCCAGGCUAGUCCUCCGCCAGUCCAGACUAGUCCUCCAGCAGUCCAGACUAGUCCUCCAGCAGUCCAGGUUACUCUUCCACCACUCCAGGCUAGUCCUCCACCAGUCCAGGCUAGUCCUUUGCCAGUCCAGGCUAGUCCUUUGCCAGUCCAGGCUAGUCCUCCACCAGUCCAGGCUAGUCCUUUGCCAGUCCAGGUUACUCUUCCACCAGUCCAGGCUAGUUCUCCGCCAGUCCAGACUAGUCCUCCAGCCCAGGCUAGUCCUUUGCCAGUCCAGGCUAGUCCUCCAUCAGUCCAGACUAGUCCUCCACCAGUCCAGACUAGUCCUCCAACCCAGGCUAGUACUUUGCCAGUCCAGACUAGUCCUCCACCAGUCCAGGCUAGUCCUCCAUCAGUCCAGGGUAGUCCUCCACCAGUCCAGGCUAGUUUUCCACCAGUCCAGACUAGUCCUCCAACCCAGGCUAGUACUUUGCCAGUCCAGACUAGUCCUCCACCAGUCCAGACUAGUCCUCCACCAGACCAGACUAGUCCUCCACCAAUCCAAGUUACUCUUCCACCAGUCCAGGCUAGUCCUCCAUCAGUCCAGACUAGUCCUCCACCAGUCCAGGGUAGUCCUCCACCAGUCCAGACUAGUCCUCCAACCCAGGCUAGUACUUUGCCAGUCCAGACUAGUCCUCCACCAGUCCAGGCUAGUCCUCCAUCAGUCCAGGGUAGUCCUCCACCAGUCCAGGCUAGUUCUCCACCAGUCCAGACUAGUCCUCCAACCCAGGCUAGUACUUUGCCAGUCCAGACUAGUCCUCCACCAGUCCAGACUAGUCCUCCACCAGACCAGACUAGUCCUCCACCAAUCCAAGUUACUCUUACACCAGUCCAGACUAGUCCUCCACCAAUCCAAGUUACUCUUACACCAGUCCAGGCUAGUCCUCCACCAGUCCAGGCUAGUCCUCCGCCAGUCCAGGCUAGUCCUCCGCCAGUCCAGGCUAGUCCUUCGCCAAUCCAGGUUACUCUUCCACCAUUCCAGGCUAGUCCUCCACCAGUCCAGGCUAGUCCUCCACCAGUCCAGCUUAGUCCUCCACCAGUCCAGGCUAGUCCUCCACCAGUCCAGGUUACUCUUCCACCAGUCCAGGCUAGUCCUCCAGCCCAGGCUAGUCCUCCACCAGUCCAGGCUAGUCCUCCACCAGUCCAGGCUAGUCUUCCGGCCAAAGCUAUUCCUCCACCAGCCCAGGCUAGUCCUCCACCAGCCCAAGCUACACCUCCACCAGUCCAGGCUAGUCCUCCACCAGUCCAGGCUAGUCCUCCACCAGUCCAGGCUAGUUCUCCACCAGUCCAGGCUAGUCCACCAGAGGGAUACACUGGGUCCAUGUGUCUCCAAAGUGAAACUUUAUCAAGCAUCAAAUGUGUCUCUACUGAGAGUGCAGCUAACAUUAGCAUCAGCUCAGCUGUAGAAACUGCUCCAGAUGUGCCAGGCUCUUCUGGAGACACCAAUGUUGCAGUGGAUGAUCUCACUUAUUUUGGGCCUUCAACCUAUGAGGUCAGAUUAAGCAGCAAGAUAGAAGAGUUUUCUGAUGAUUCAUCUUGGACCACAGAGGAGGAAGGAGACAGCAUUGAGGAAGAUGACCUGACCAUAGAAACCACAGCAGAUAUCCCUAAACCUGAGGCCUGCAUCAUAGCAAAGUGUGAAGCUAUCUCAGAUGUUAGUGCAACGGUAACCGACACCUCUGCAGAUCCCGAAACUGAAGCAGCCAGACCUUUAGAUUGCAUCAAGGAAAUCCGUGAGCUUGUGGUGGAAGUGAUCGAGGUGGAGGAGGUGGCUCAGCAUUACCCUGACCACAGAGAGGUCCACUUAAACACACAGUGAAGCAGAGCGCCGGCUAAAGCUGUAUAGGACACUCUCUGAACAAUCUCUAGUUAAAAACUCAGUCAUGCCAUGACUUCUGGAAGUUAUUUCUUUAUUAAAAUAAUUUGAGUAAUUA